AUGCCCUCAGAAAUUGUGCAUUUCUCGUGUCAUCCAUACUGGCCUCUUGGAGAAAUCGGCUGCAACGUUUGGAGUUCAUUAUAUGUGGCUUUUGGUGGCGCGUCUGCCUGUCACCUGUGCGCCAUUGGCAUUGAUCGCUUGUUGGCCAUUUCACGUCCUUUCCAAUACUACAGCGACGUUUCGUUUAGUGUAGUUGUUUCGUUGACCCUCCUAUGGAUCUUUGCUAUUUUUAGCGGAAUCGCAAGUUAUUACAUCUGGGAGCAACCCUACCAAAAUUUCUGCCAUGCGUUCAGCGCUCCGAUAGAGAGCUCUAUUUUGUUUAUGGUCUUUGACCUUUUGGUACCUUUCGUUAUCUGUGUCUUAACUUAUGUGAAGAUAUUUCAAAUAUCUCAACAGCAAGCAAGAAGAAUAAUCAGAACCCAAGGAUGGGUCAACCGUGAGACUCAUGCUUUACGAGUGUCUAGAAAAUCAGCUAAAACCGUGGGCCUGCUGGUUGGUUUCUUCGCCUUGGCCUUACUGCCGUUUCUAAUUUUCCAUGCCUUGGACGGGUUCGUGGUAUUGCCCAAUCGUUUUUACUUCGAUUGCUUUGUGAAGUGGCUGACUUUUGUCAACUCUUCCAUGAACUGGUUGCUUUAUGGAUAUUUAAAUCAAGAGUACAGACAAGCAUUAAAAAAGCUUUUAAAUGAUUUUGGUUGUUUCAGAUGUCGCUCCUGUCGCAGAGAGACCAGGCAAGUGGACGUCAUCUAA